CUUAGGGGCAGCCCCCUCCCCCCGAGCCGCGUCCGGGUGACGCCCAGCUCGCUGGCCCCCCCAUGGCCCGUGCUGCGUCUGCGAGACCCAUUCGCCCCGCCCCCCAACGAUCGCAGAAGGGGACGCCACAGCUGCAGCCCUCGCCUGCUUCCCGCCCAAAAACCCGAGACCCCAACCACAGCAAAGCAACGAUACACGACACUUUCACCCGGGGGCGGCUCCCACUUUGAAGCCGAGAGGCACGAAGGGGCGGGCCUCCCAGAGCUCCCAUUCGAUUGGACGGCAGAGCGGUCAGCGGCUGAAAACUGAUUGGUUGAUUCUUCCCCUGACGAGCGAGUGUGUCGCCCUAAGGGUAGCUAGGCAGCGCUGCACGCCGCCCCCCCCCCCCCUUCACCUCAAGCCGGGGCAGGGCCUCUCGCGUCUCGCCGCAGAUUAUGUCAGUGCUGCGGCGAAGGGGGCGGGGGGACGGAGGCGAGGCUCGAAAAUAGCCCGAUGCCCUCAGCGGCGGGGCUGAGCCGUGGGACAGACGCGGCAGCAGUUACUGCAGGCGCCGCCUCAGCAGCCCGAAGAAGGGAGGGCGGGCGAGCGAGCGGGCAGCUCCCAGGCGCGCUGCAUGCGAUGAGGAGGGGGCCAGCCAUGGCCAGUUACAGAAGCUGCCCCGAGAAGGACGAAGAGGAGCGGGAGGAAGCCGCCCUGAGGAAGCUGAUCGUUCGCCUCACGAACGUGCAGGAGGGGAAGCAGCUGGCGAGCUUGCUGCAGACGCUGGAGGACCUGCUGGCCUUGGCCCACCGGCCCCGCGCGCCCAGGCUGUUCGGCGGCCGCAACGUCCACGUGCCCGUGUUGCUGGUGUUGGACUCCUACCUGCGAGUGGCCGCGGUGCAGCAGAUGCUUUCCAUGUCAUUGCCAGAAAACACACAUGAAACAGAUCCUUCCUGGCAGUCAGUCACAUAAAAUAAAAUGUCGGUUGGUUGCUUCUUUGUAAAUUAAUAGAAGUGUGUCCAGCCACUCUAUGUAACAUAGUUCCUCAGGAUGUUGGAAAGGAUUGGGAAGUACUUGGUGUUCAUCAGCAUAUCCUUAAAAUGCUUGCUAUCCACAACACAAACAGAAACCUCUUGAUAAUAGGACUCAAGGCACUAAAUCUACUACUCUCUUCAGCUAUAAUUACAAUUAUGCUCUUGGACGAAGAGACAGAUGUAUUUUUGUUGGUAUUUGAUGCUAUGCAAACCUUCCCAAACAAUGAAGAAAUCCAGCAAUAUGGUUGUAAAACUUUGCACAUGCUUUUUGAGAAAGUUCCAGAAGAGCAGCUGAUUGAAUUUGUUGAAAGCAAAGAUCACAUGAUCAUACUGAAUGUGUUAAAACAGUUUCAAGAAAAAGAAGACGUUGUACUUCCGGCACUUUAUUCCUUACAUUCAUUAGCUGGUCCAUCCAGCAAUGUUGAAGUGUUCAUGUCUGGAAAUGUUAGAUGUUACAAUGUCAUAGUGGAAACGAUGAAAACAUUCCCUAACAGUGAACCAAUUCAGGAAGUGAGUUGCUGUUUGUUGCACAAGCUUACACUGAGAAAAUUUUUCAACAUCCUGGUAUUAAAUGAGGUACACGAAGUCAUUGUGAAGGCUGUUAUAAGAUACUCUGCAAAUGCAAAGUUACAGGCUGCAGCACUCGGUUGUUUAGCUCUCCUCACGGAAACAAUAUUUUUAAACCAAGACUUUGAGGAAAGAAAAGAAGAGGAAGAGGGAGAAAAAUUAUAUUGGCUGGAAGCAUGCUAUAAAGCAUUAAAAUUGCACCGAAAAAACACAGAUGUACAGGAGGCUGCUUGUUGGGCUUUGAACAAUCUGUUUAUGUACCAAUGCAACCUUCAUGAGAAAAUUGGAGAUGAAGAUAAACAGUACCCCAUACACAGAGAAGUGAUGCUAGCCAUGCUGAUGCAUUCCACAGCAAAAGAAGUGUUUCGGGCAGCUGCUAAUGCCUUGGCAACUUUAUCAGAACAAAAUGUAAAUAUUAGAAAGAUUCUGUUGGCAAAAGGAAUACAUAUUAAUGCAUUGGACAUAAUGAAGAAACAUUCAGACUCCCCUGAAGUGGCUGAAAGUGCCUGCAAAAUGCUGAAUCGUGUUUUUGAGGGAAGUUUCCCCCAUCUGGACAUAGUGAUAGUAGUUGCAUCAGAAGUCAUAAAGGCCAUGCGGAAACAUGAAAAGGUGCCAACUGUACAGCUGGAGGCCCUUCGAGUCAUUUUACCUUUUAUGAUCCCUGAUGUCAUGAAAGAACGGCAAAAUGGUUCUUCAGGAGCAGUGGGGGAUGCUGACUUGAUGCUUACCUUAAAAGUAAUUAAAAACCAGUGUGUGUUGGAGGGGGCUCACAAACUAGUGCUUGAUGCUUUGAACAGGUUUAUUAGAAAUCCUGGCAUUCAGAAAUGUGGAUUAAAAAUACUUUCUUCUGUAGUGGAGUGUUCAGGUGCACUACAAAUGUUAUCCCAGCAAGGAGCCACAGACACUGUCCUUCACACACUACAGAUGUAUCCAGAUGAUCAAGAAAUACAGUGCUUAGGUUUGAGUCUUCUAGGAUCUUUGAUUACAAGAAAGAGUUUGUGUAUCGCAUCUAUGCAUGUGCUGGCAACAGUUCUGGUUUCUACUUUACGACGAUUUAAGGAGGUCGUUGAAAUACAGAUACACGGAUUUCACAUGAUCUUGACAAUCCUUGACUUGUCACCUUGUUUUGCAAAGCUGCUGAUAUAUGAAUCAUUUGACACAGUCAUUUUUCAUCAAAUGUCCAUGUGUUUCACUGAACAAAGAGACCAGCAGUUUCAAAGCUUUUGCUGUAAAUGCUUUGGUAAAAUAGCCAACAAUGAUGAUUUAAAAAACAUGAUGUUGGAGAAAGCAUGUGCUGAGUACAAUAGCAUUAUGGCUGAAUGUUUACUUUUACUGGGAGCUGAUGUUAAUAAGAACACAAAGACAAGCUCUUUAAUCUAUCAGGUCUGUGAGAAAGGAAGCAAUCCUAAGCUGGUGGAACUGCUAUUAACUAGUGGUGCUCGAGAACAGGAUGUUCGGAGUGCUUUAACAGUCAGCAUAAAGAAAGGAGAUAGCCAAAUCAUCAGCUUGCUCUUAAGGAAGCUUAGCCUGGAUGUAGCCAACAGCAGUAUAUGUCUUGGAGGAUUUUGUAUGGGGAGAAUUGAACCUUCCUGGCUCAGCCCUUUGUUCCAAAAUAAACUUACUUCUAUAAGACAACAAACAAAUGCAGGUUCUGCAUUGGCAAGAAUGGUGCUCAGAUACCAAAUGAAGAGUUUUUCAGAAGACAGAUCAAGAUCCAGUUCUGAUGUAACUUCCUCUGAAGAUGUACUGGAUAAAAGUGAUGAUUGUACAUGCAUGGCUGAACCAUUAGUAGACAGUGUUUUUUGCUUCAGUGAUGACACCAAUAGUGAAGGGAGUGAAAGUUCAUUUCUGAUGAAAAAGAAAUCCAUCUCCAUUGCAGUUACUGAUCUGUACAACGAUACACCCUUACAAAGAGAUUCUCCUACUUUGCAAAGGCAUUCCAAUUCUCUGGGACCUGGUUCAGAUCAUGAACCAUUAGUGAAGCAAAGAAGAAGAUUAUUGUCUUCAGAUGAAUCUCACAAAGGGAUCUCAAAAUUCCAAUCGCAUUUAAGACGAUCAGACAGUUUGUCUUCAUUGGUCUCUGAGAGAGAAUAUAUUAAGUCAUUAGAUCUUUCAUCAAAUGAGCUGGAGAAUAUAGAUGCCAUCAGUCAGAACUGCUGCUUAACUGGUCACUUGGAACGUCUUGAGAAAUUGGAGCUGCACCAAAAUGCACUCACAAGCAUUCCAGAACAACUGUGUGAAACUUUGAAAUGUUUGACUUACUUGGAUUUGCACAGUAACCGGUUUGCAUCUUUUCCUACUUAUUUACUGAAAAUGAAUUUUAUUGCAAACCUUGAUAUCUCUCGGAAUGACAUUGGCCCUUCCUUAGCUUUGGAUCCACAUACCAAAUGCCCAACUCUGAAGCAGCUUAAUCUAUCAUACAAUCAACUGUCAUGCACUCCUAAAUUUCUUGCGGAUGUUGCAGAAAACCUAGAACAGCUAAUGCUAGAAGGAAACAAAAUUGCAGGUAUAUGUUCACCCAUAUGCUUGAAGGAACUGAAAGUUUUAAACAUUAGUAAGAACAAUAUUUCAUCCCUGGCUGUUGAUUUUCUCAAGGAGUGCACAAAAUUGGAGAUGUUUAGUGCCAGGAUGAAUUUACUUGAUACCAUACCUAACUUGCCAUCUAGCAUAACAAAUUUAAAAUUAUCUCAAAAUCAUUUCGUCAGUAUUCCAGAAGCGAUUCUUCUUCUUCCACAUUUGCGAUCAGUAGAUUUAAGCAACAAUAAAAUCAUAAACCUGCCUGGACCUAUGCACUGGAAAUCCUUAAACUUAAGGGAGCUCUUGUUUAACUACAAUCAGAUAAACAUUUUGGACUUGAAUGAAAAAGCAUAUGCAUGGUCUAGGCUAGAAAAGCUACACCUGUCCCAUAACAAGUUAAAGGAGAUUCCUCCUCAGAUUGGCUUCCUUGAAAACUUGACAUCUCUGGAUGUAAGUUAUAAUCCUGGCUUGAGAUCCUUUCCAGAUGAAAUGGGAAAGUUGUCCAAAGUCUGGGAUCUUCCUUUGGAUGGGCUUCAUCUUAAUUUAGAUUUCAAACAUGUUGGAUGCAAAGCCAGAGACAUUAUAAGGUUUCUUCAGCAGCGGCUAAAGAAGGCUGUCCCUUAUAACAGAAUGAAACUCAUGAUUGUGGGAAAUACUGGCAGUGGUAAAACUUCACUGUUACAACAACUUAUGAAAUGCAAGCGAUCAGAUUUGGGGACGCAGAAUCCUACAAUAGGCAUAGAUGUAAAGGACUGGUCAGUUCCAGUGAAAGGCAAAGUGAAGAAAGAUUUGAUAUUAAAUGUCUGGGAUUUUGCAGGACAAGAGGAGUUCUACAGCACUCAUCCACAUUUUAUGACUCAGAGAGCCUUGUAUCUUGCUGUUUAUGAUCUCAGCAAAGGACAAGCAGAAGUGGAUGCUAUGAAGCCAUGGCUGUUUAAUAUCAAGGCUCGAGCUUCCUCAUCCCCCGUGAUUCUUGUUGGCACUCAUUUAGAUGCCUCUAGUGAGAAGCAACGUAAGGCCUGUCUGAGUAAAAUUACCAAAGAGCUGUUGAAAAAGAGGGGUUUCCCAGCAAUCCGAGAGUAUCAUUUUGUAAAUGCUACAGAAGAAUCUGAUGCUAUGAUCAAACUUCGGAAAACCAUAAUAAAAGAGAGUCUGAAUUUCAAGAUCAGAGACCAGCCAGUAGUAGGACAGCUAAUCCCAGACAGCUAUCUGGAACUUGAGAAGAUAAUUUUAUUUGAACGUGAAAAUGUUCCAACUGAAUUUCCUGUGAUUGACCAUAAGCGAUUAUUAGUACUGGUGCAAGAAAAUCAGUUACAGCUGGAUGAAAAUGAACUUCCUCAUGCAGUUCACUUUCUGAAUGAAUCAGGUGUACUGCUACAUUUUCAAGACCCAGCACUUCAGCUAACAGAUCUGUAUUUUGUGGACCCUAAGUGGCUGUGUAAAAUAAUGGCACAGAUUUUGACAGUGAAGGUGGAAGGCUUUUCUAAAUACCCCAAAGGAAUUAUAAAGCGUUCAGAUGUGGAAAAAUUCCUUUUAAAGAAGAGCAGAUUCCCUAAGAUCUACAUGUCACAAUACUUUAAGCUUCUGGAAAAGUUCCAAAUUGCAUUGCCAUUAGGAGAAGAUCAACUACUUGUUCCAAGCAGUUUGUCUGAUCACAGACCUGUUAUAGAGCUUCCCCACUGUGAAAACUCAGAAAUCAUCAUUCGGCUGUAUGAGAUGCCGUACUUUCCCAUGGGAUUCUGGUCCAGACUGAUCAACAGGUUGCUUGAAGUGUCUCCUUACAUGCUCUCAGGAAGAGAACGAGCUCUUCGUCCUAAUAGAAUGUAUUGGAGACGAGGCAUUUACCUGAACUGGUCUCCUGAAGCUUACUGUCUAGUGGAAUCAGCAGUAUUUGAUAGCAAUCCAGACAGUUUUUUGAAAAUUACAGCUCCUUCUUGCAGAAAAGGUUGUGUCCUUUUGGGGCAAGUUGUGGAUCACAUUGAUUCUCUUGUGGAAGAAUGGUUUCCAGGUUUACUGGAUAUAGAUGUAUGUGGAGAAGGGGAAACACUGUUGAAGAAAUGGGCUUUGUAUAGCUUUGAGGAUGGCAAAGAACACCAAAAAAUAUUACUUGAUGAUUUACUUAAAAAAGCUGAAGAAGGUGAUCUCUUAGUAAAUCCAGAUCAACCAAGAUUUACCAUUCCAAUAGCCCAGAUUGCGCCUGACCUGAUAUUGGCUGAUUUGCCUAGAAAUAUCAUGUUGAACAAUGAUGAAUUAGAAUUUGACCAGGCGCCUGAAUUUCUGUUGGGUGACGGUGGGUUUGGAUCUGUGUACCAUGCAUCAUAUGGUGGAGAAGAAGUAGCUGUAAAGAUUUUUAAUAAACAUACUUCCCUCAGACUCUUACGACAGGAGCUUGCAGUGCUUUGUCAUCUCCAUCACCCUAGCUUAGUGUCUUUGCUGGCUGCUGCAAUCCGUCCCCGGAUGUUGGUAAUGGAAUUAGCCCCUAAGGGUUCUCUGGAUCGUUUGCUUCAGCAAGAUAGUUCAAGCUUAACUAAAACACUUCAGCACAGGAUAGCUCUACAUGUAGCAGAUGGCUUAAGGUAUCUGCAUUCCUCAAUGAUCAUUUAUCGUGAUUUAAAGCCUCAUAAUGUGCUGCUCUUUACAUUAUAUCCCAAUUCAGCAGUCAUUGCAAAGAUUGCUGAUUAUGGCAUUGCUCAGUAUUGCUGCAGAAUGGGGAUAAAAACCUCAGAAGGCACACCAGGAUUUCGAGCACCAGAGGUUGCCAGAGGAAAUGUUAUUUACAAUCAGCAAGCUGAUGUGUAUUCAUUUGGCUUGCUUCUUUAUGACAUUUUAACAGCAGGAGGUAGAAUAAUAGAAGGCAUGAAGUUUCCAAAUGAAUUUGAUGAAUUAGCAAUUAAUGGAAAAUUACCAGAUCCUGUCAAAGAAUACGGGUGUGCUCCCUGGCCUGAAGUUGAAAGUUUAAUCAGCAAGUGUUUGAAAGAAAACCCGCAGGAAAGACCUACAUCUGCCCAGGUUUAUGAUAUUUUGAACUCAGCAAAGCUUAUCUGUUUGAUGAGGCAUAUUUCAAUAUUCAGUGCCUUUACAGCAGAGUGCAUGGUUGCUUCUAAUCAAAGCUGCAAGAAGGCAGGGGUCUGGAUAGGUAAUGGAAAUACAGAAAAAGGCCAGGUUUCGUUUAUUGACUUAAAUACAGAUGACCAUACUUGUGAGGACAUUGCAGAUGGAAGAAUCUUGUGUUUGGCUUUAGUGACUCUUCCUACAGAGAGAGAAAACUGGGUUGUGGCAGGAACACAGUCUGGUUCCCUGUGGUCAUUUAAUACAGAAGAUGGAAAAAACAAACACCAUCUUCAAAAAAUGUCAGAUUCUGUUACCUGUUUAUACUGCAACUUUUUUUCAAAGCAAAGCAAACAGAAGAAUUUUUUUCUGGUGGGAACAGCUGAUGGCAAAGUAGCAGUUUUUGAAGACCAAGCAGUAAAGUGCAAGGGUGCAGCACCUUUGAAGAUAUUAACUAUAGGGAAUGUCAGCACACCGCUUAUGUGCUUAAGUGAAUCCACAUAUGCAUCUGAAAAAAAUAUAGUCUGGGGAAGCUGUGGAACAAAGAUCAUAUCAUUAUCUGGUGAUAUAUCUAUUCAAAAACUGAUUGAGACAAAGACAAGUCAGCUAUUCUGUCACAAGGCUUACAGUGAUGCAAACAUUAUUUCAAUAGCAGUGGACAAAUGCAUCUACUUGGCUAAGAAAAACAGCCAUUUUGUGGAAGUUUGGGAUAAGAAAACAGAGAAACUUUGUGAACUAAUUGACUGUGCACAUUUUCUAAAGGAGGAAGUGGUGAAACUAAAUAAAGAAUCAGAACAUACAGUGGCUUAUUCUGGAAGAGUGAAGACCAUCUGUCUACAAAAAAAUACUGCUCUCUGGAUAGGAACAGGGGGAGGACAUAUCCUGCUGCUUGAUUUAACAACACGUCGUCCUAUACGAAUAAUACACGAUUUUUGUGACUCUGUUCGAGUCAUGCUGCCAGCCCAGCUAGGGAGCCUCAAGAAUGUCAUGCUGGUUUUGGGGUACUGCUAUAAAUGUAAUGACGACAACAAACGUCAGAAAGAGCUGCAGUCGUGUAUGUCUGUGUGGGACAUUAAGCUGCCCCAUGAAGUACAAAACCUGAAAAAGCACAUUGAAGUGAGACAGGAAUUAGCAGAAAAAAUGAGAAAUUUUUCUUUGGAUUAAGGAACCCUAGACAAAUGGAGAGUCACCUUGUUUCCCAGUUUUCCAUUGGUUUAAACUUUUACUAUAUAUUACAUUACUUUUUUGUUUAAGAAACAAAGGGAAGUGACUGUCAUCCCUCAAAAUCAUGAAAUAUCAGAAGAAAUAAGGAAUACUUUUCUUUAUAAUAUUUGGAUUUUUAUAAUAUUUUGAAGGAGUCAAAACUAUUCAUUCAAUCUGCUUUCAGCAACAUUGAUAUAAAUCCAAAGUAUCUUCAUUGGUAUGUUUCUGAUUUUGGUUACACCAGCAUAAAUCCAGAGUGACUCCAGAGGAUUAGAUUCUUCUCCUAGUUACAACCAUCUAUAUACAGAGUAACUUCAUUAAGUUGACACUGUAAAUGAGAGCAAAGUUUAGGCGUCACGAUAUAUUCUGCUACCUGCAUACGUGAAGUUUACUGAUGGUUAAUGUUAUUAAACUCGUAUUUAAUAGUUUUGAUUGAAUGUAUACUGCCUAGUUUACAAAGCACAGGCUGAAUGGGUCAGGCUUUUUUCUUUCCUAUGUACAUUAGAGUUUGACAGUUUUCAGUCUGUUCAUAAAAGGCUGUGCACUGCAACAGCAAAGACAAAAUUCAGAAUGAAAGUGUCUUUGAAGAUAGUGCCUUUUUUUUUUUUUUUGACUGAGUGUAUGCCUGGCACUGGGCAAUGCAAUCUCAUUCAUAGAAACACUAUUGUUUCAUAACACAUUCACACAUGUAAUUCUACAAACUCCCUUUGCAUGGUUGGGAGAAUGCAGGGUAAAAUUCUUGUUAUGAAUGUUGCUGUGCACAGAAUGUGGUAUGACAUGGUGCUUCCCAGGUAGCCAUCCAAUGUGCUAUAAAGUGCCUAUGGAGUAUUCAUGCAAUAGAAUUGUCCAGUUUGCUGAUCUCAGUCUGAAAAAGAAUGAAAACUAUAGUAUUCAUAUUUACCAUGUGUGCAAAUAUGAGUUUACCAUCCAGCCUUGCUAGGAGCACCUUAUAUUGAUAUUUUUGUAGUAUGUAGUGGAGCCUGCAGGCAUCUAAGAUGGGCUAAUUCUUGCCUUGUGUAACCCCAUGGUGAAGCUGCUCAAACACACACCUAUCUUUAUUCUGGAGAUAUCAUUUCAUUGCUCUAUAUCCAUUAACCCAAUUGUCUGACAGCAUGACUCAGUGCCUUACUUUGUCCUUCAUACCACAGACAGACAUCUUUCUCGAGCCCUAAGACCAAGAGCAUCUUCACCAUAACAAGCCUGCAAUGCCAGGGAGCAAAAAACCCAAAGUCAUUCUGAAAUUUUGUCUCCUGCUGAGCAGAGCAAGGUGUUCCCACCAAACAAGUCCCCCUCCCUCCAAUCUUUUAGAGUUAUAAAUAAUUCCUAAACUAGGAUAACAGAGAGCAUUGAGCCUUCUCAAAAUGAAUCCGUAUUUGGCUAUUUAGAGUCUUUUCAUAUCUGCACUGUUUAUAAUGUGUUUGUGUUGUAUAAUGUGCUAUGAAUAAUGCUAUUUAUAUGGGAUUUUAUAACUCAAAAAUACAUUAUUUUUAUCAUAAAGAAAUAAACUUAAAUAUCUGAUAUUUCA